AUGUACUUUCUUGCGUCUUAUAUACUGUAUCGGCAGGAGUCAUUCGGCAUAUGCCUUCCCAAGUUCCGAUGUCCCAAGCUGGAUGGAUUGUAUAAAAAUCCAAAGGACUGUCAUUCCUUUUAUCUUUGCAAGGAUGGCGUUGCAUACCUGAAAGAGUGCCCUGCUGACCUCCUUUGGAAAGAUUCACUUAAAUACACCACCAUUCAGAACAUUUUCACCGGCAGUGGCCCCCGGUAUGGUAUACCAAGGGCGCACCAAGCUAUUUUUUGUAUUACAAUACCUCAUAUUGCUACUUGUAGACUAGCGCACAUCGCACCAAUCAAGUCCACUGGUGGGGAUAAUGCAUCAGUGGGAAUCACUGCUUGUACAGAUACUAGUCUGUACGCCAAAUCGUUUGUUCGUUUCACUAAACCCUUGUCAAAGCGUGAGAGAGCGAGUUUGAUCGCUUGCGAGAGUCGUAGGCGUCAACAAAGCACUAGCUUUAAGGCCAACAUUGCCUCUACUCCUCCUGUGGAACCAGCAUAUUAA